AUGGAGAACCUGAAGAUCAGGAAGGCGAAUAGGAAGAAAACUAGUGCAUUGAAACAUAAAUUGGAACGUUCAAAUAAGGUUGAUGGGGUGUUGCAAUCGAAGAUAGAGCAGAGUAUAGCUCGUGCCAAGUAUGUUCAAACAGCCAGGAAGUCUGGUUGGGAGCAGAUCAAUAGCAAGAUUGAUAUUUUGGGUGCCUCUGAGGAAGCUCUCAAGAAGAAAUCUGCAAAAGAGAUUGAGAGGGAAGAGGAAGAUGCUUAUGUCGACCAAUUUUUUAAAGGCGAUGAGGAAAAGGAAGAUGAUUCGAAUCAAGAAGUUCCAGUCACAUCUCAAGGAAAUGUUUUUGCUGCAUUAGAAGAGACAGAAGCGUAA